AAGGCAAAUCUUUAAAAAAUAAAGAACAGUUUUCUUCUCUGACUAUACAUACUAGUGUGUAUGAAUGUGGAAACUGUAGAAUAUAAUUACCAAGACUAAAUAUGGAAGGCAGCACUGUCAUAUUUGCAGUAGAUUCAGGCCAGUGCUCUGACGAUGAGGACGAUGAUCUGCAGAGGAAGGAAGAGUUACACCAGCUACUGAGUGAGCAACUGGCUGAUGACCUGCUCGACGACACUCUGUCAAUGGAGGGGGAGAUAUCGCUACUCUCCACACCACAAGACUCAGAGAGCCCUAACCUGUCUCAAACCGAUACUACACCAGAUGAGUCACUAUCACAUGACAAUCACAUGACAACAGCACCAGACCAGUUCACACCAGACCCUCUUCAACCUUCCUCCCCUGUGCACUCCAGUGGACUCCGCUCCCCUUAAUCACCACCACCUGUGGUGGGUGUGGCUUAUCUGCACGAUGAGCCGGACUUGUUGAGCAGAUCUUCCUACAAAUUACGACCGCCUCUCCCUUUGAGUUCUGAUAUUUCCGACGUAUUUGCAGAUACACUGAAAAAGUUCUAUUAUCCGAAUGCGUUUCUUCGUCUGGCCGCCGACUACCAACCUUAUCAAGCUCUCUAUCAGCAAAUCCUCGUUACUCUUGAGCCAAUGGUCCAUUUGCCCUUUGACCUCAGUAUCGACUUUGAGAGCAGACAGGCGCUGGAGAGAGCUAAGGGUGUUGAGGUGGGGGUGGGGGUGGGGGUGGGCGAUGGCGUCAGUGAGACCAGCUCUGUCAGUGACCAUUCCAACUCCUUGACUCCGGUACGUCCUAUUGUGGUCGUCAAGACGCAUGCCGCUACUGGUCAAAGAACGACAGCUGGAAAUGUGAAGAGUGUAGUCUGGGACACCAGCCCCCUCCACGGCUCCGCUAGAGAUCAGGCAACAAUAGAGGAAACAGAUGACGGACAUCUCACGACUGUUACGGCGCUAAAACAACUCCAAGAGAAGCACAAUCAACGGAGUCCCACUAGAACACCGUUCACUGAGCUACACCCACCAACACAAGCCCCGCCCAGCUCUCGCCAGCAUACUACCAUCAUCAAGAAGAAUCAGCAGGGGCCUUGGUGGAAGAAGAUAUCUGACGGUUUCCUUGAGUUAAAUAAGGGUGGAGCCAUUACAGGCCCUCCAAAGCAACUGAAGCAACAGUCACCCAAACCACCACCACCACCCGAGUCAAAUGAGAGGAAAGUGAAGGCACUCUACAAUAACAUUGGAGAUGAUGCGGAUGAGCUUACAUUUAACAAGGACGAUAUUCUGGUUGUCAAGGAACAAAUUAACGAAGAGUGGCUCAUAUGUACGACUGGCAACAGAAGUGGUAUUGUACCAUUCAGCUAUGUGCAAGCCGUCUGAUAUACCUAACUGUUAAAAUAUGCAUGCACUGUAGUGAACAAUGUUAUGCGCUACUUUUUUGUAAUAAAUUUUUGUGUAAAUAAUAAUAAAUUAUAAUAAUUAUACAUUUUUUUGAUUCGUAUUGUAUUGUUCUGUACAUUUAUUUUCCAAAAAUAAUUUUUGCUGAAGUGAUUAGUUUCUGU